AUGGACGGGGCUCCGCCGCCUGCCAGCCCUGCCGGGCUCUCGGCGUACGUGGCCGUGUCGCAGCUGCUGGGCCUGACGCUGCUGGCCACCACAGGCGCCUGGCUGGGCCGCUAUCAGGGCGGUGUGGCCUGGCACAGCCCCCUCCAGUUCAACGUCCACCCCCUCUGCAUGGUGCUGGGCAUGGUUUUUCUCCAAGGUGACGCUCUCCUGGUCUACCGGGUCUUCAGGCAUGAAACCAAGCGCUCUACCAAGGUGCUACAUGCACUGCUCCAUGGCCUGGCGCUGGUCAUCGCCCUUGUUGGCAUCGUCGCUGUCUUUGAGUCCCACCGGACCAAGGGCACCCCUGACAUGUACAGCCUGCACAGCUGGUGUGGGAUGGCUGCCUUCGUGCUCUAUCUCCUGCAGUGGCUCUUGGGCUGUGGUUUCUUCCUGCUCCCCAGCGCCUCCUUCUCGCUGCGCGGCCGAUACAAACCCCAGCAUGUCUUCUUCGGCAUCGCCCUCUUUGCCCUCUCCAUUGCCACCUGCUUGCUGGGCAUCACUGAGAUGCUCCUCUUCAACAUCAGGGACUCCUACAGCCACUUUGUGCCUGAGGGCAUCCUGGCCAACACUCUGGGGAUGCUGCUUUUGGCCUUCGGGCUGGUGGUGGGCUACGUGCUGACGCGGGAUGACUGGAAGCGCCCACCGCUGGCUGAGGAGCUGGCCCUCUCCAUGGACUUCAAGACCCUGACAGAGGGCGAGAGCCCCGGUGGCAGCAGCCAGUGAUGUCCCCAGCUCCUUGGUC